AUGAUGUCCAAUCCUCCUCUAUCUGGCGUCGCUCGCCCGCGACAGCGGCUACAUCGGCGCCAAAACUCUACCCCAUCGGCCUUCGAGUCUGUCAAGAUCGCUCCCUUGCCGUCUUUCCCACAACAACAGCAACGCCCUCACAUGUCCCAUCGACGAGGCCUUAGUCUGGAUACUAGGCGUCACCCUCUCAUGUCCUCAACAAUCACAUCCACAUCCCAGCAAGACUACUCGACCCUUGUCAGCACGACGGGCCCAGAUACGGGAAUACCUACGAGUCUGCCAGCGGCACCACAGGAUAUCCUAGCACAGCAGCAACACCAAGCGCACCUCAUAGCACGCCCCAGCUCCAGCCAAACCGACUACAGUGAUCUGUCGAGUGACAGCGGCGACUCUUUUCUUAUAUCGCCCCAUGGCACACCACAUCAACGAAACCACUUCAUGGACGGGUUGGCCCCGCAAGGUCCGAUACCCGAACUGUCCUUGUCCUACGAUACCUAUAUGGAUUCCAGCUUUGACGCCAUGAUGAAGAGAAACCAGGCCAGCUACGACAAUGACAACAAUGCCAUGGCCUCAUCAUCAUCUGCCAACCCAAACUUUGACUUCUUUGCCCCGGACGCGGCGCUCUCUACCCCGAACUUUAUGAGCUUUCCGGACCAAAGCCCCGCGGGGACGGGACAGGGAGGCUGGAUAUCCGAGGGCGAGGCAUCCAACACCCACUUGCGCAGAGCGUCAAGGCGGGUAAGCGGUGGAUUGAACAAUAGUCUCAUAGACAAAGUUGCAAAGUACGAGCCUAUGGCAAAUGGGCAGAGGCCAGCAACGCCCCCUACGCAUAAUGCGGCCGGUAAGCAUGCAAAACCUGACGUGUUGAGCGGGGAUACUGAAAAUGAGGCAGGAUUCUAUCCCCCAACGCCAAUGGAAACACCACACGAUCGCUUCAUGAAGCAGCAAGCAACACAGCAGCAACAGCAACAGCAACAGCAACAAACACUAAGGCCCAGCAGGUUUGCAGAGGAUUACGACGAGUCGAUGGAGGAGACACUUAAACCCAUACGAGGACACCGGAGCAAUCGCAACUCGGGUAUUUUUCAGGAACUGCGUCAACAGGCGGAAGCUAUGGCUGCUGCUGCUGCACCUGCAACAUCUCAGGCCGACAGGAUGCCCACGACAUUUCAAACGCACGCGCUUCCAGCAACCCAAGACGAAGACUUGUUGAGGAUCCAUUCUGAAUUCAUCAAGUUGGAGCAUAACGGAUUCACUUUCCCUGACAUGGGGUCGCAGAUGGGAUCACAGAUGGGAUCCCAGAUGUCAGGACUUGGAGGGAUGAGCCCUUUCGACAAUAAGCCAGACCUUGGUCCCCCAUCAGAAUACGACGAUGCCGAUCCACAUACCUCCAGCCGCCAGAGUUCAGUUUCCCCUUCGCGCCGUGGUUCGCCGCACCGACGAACGGACUCGAUCGCCUCCAUUGCCAGCGCUGCCAGCAUUGCUAGUAUCAACAUCGAAGAGACCAAGACAGACACUGGGGUAACUCUGGACGACAUCGCCCAGUACAUCGAAGGUCCCGAUCCCGCAGACGGCAAAUGGGUAUGCACAUACGAAGACUGUCGGAAACGGUUUGGCCGCAAGGAAAACAUCAAGAGUCACGUACAAACGCACCUCAACGACAGGCAAUAUCAAUGUCCAACCUGCAAGAAGUGCUUCGUGCGCCAACACGACCUCAAGCGCCAUGCCAAGAUCCACACGGGCAUCAAGCCAUACCCAUGCGAAUGCGGCAACAGCUUCGCGCGGCAUGAUGCACUCACACGACAUCGGCAGCGCGGUAUGUGCGUUGGUGCUUUUGAUGGUAUCGUACGCAAGGUGGUCAAGCGUGGCCGACCACGGAAGAACAGGCCAGACAUGGAGGAGAGAAAAGAUAAAAGCGACCGCACGAGGGAUCGGUCCAGGAGCCAUCAUUCAACCAGCAGCUCCGUCAGCAGCUUUUCUGGCUAUUCAGAUAGCUCGGUGCCCAACUCUCCCGGGAACGACUACGAUCACAUAAUCGACGAUGAACAGUUCCCUGGCUUGUUGGACAUGCCAAUGGGGAAUGUGCCAAACCUCCCGCCAAGCAUUGUAUCGGGCCAUGCCGGUCAUGGACAUGGUGCGAUGCCCAGUUCAUCGACAAUGAACCCGGCUGCAGCCACCAUGUCGGUCUCGUCAGUGUCUUCAGCGCCAAUGCCGAGCUUCGACCCGAGAGUUAACGAAGUCAUGAACGUGGACUCGCCAGUGUCGAGGAACUACGCUAAUUCCCCGUCGGCUGUGAGUAAUUAUAGCCAUGCUAGCCAUCCGUCGAUUUCAGUUACCGAGCAUCACGGACCGGGACCGGAUUUUGGGCUUCCAGGAUCACAGAAUGCUGCAUCGCCAGCCAAGAGUGCUGUGAGCCACUAUACGCCGCCGGAGUUGUCGACUAGCUCGUCACCACCCACGCAUACGCAGCAACAACAAAGCAGUCAGGGGCCGACGUACUACGAUAUGGAUCAUAGCCAUAAUGGCAUGUCGAACAUUCCGGGUCCCGCCACAAGCAUGGGGAUGGGCUCGGCGGUCCGUCCCACGGACGUUGAUCCAACAAACAUGCUUCUGCAUGGGUAUGAGCAUCAAAUGGAUCAAAACUUGAUGCUUGGAAACUUGGAUGGUAUGGCCAAAUUCGAGGUCAUGGAAGGGUACGAUCCAGCAGCGGAAGUGAAUAUGUUUGGUGAUGUCCAUGAAGGGGAUGGCAGUGGUCACGGUGCGGGUAACAUGUAUUUUGGGUCAUGA